AUGGCGCUCGACAACUACUAUCGCAAUAAGAUCGAGAGCAUGAAGCUCGAGAUUAUCCAGGGCCAGGCAGUCCUCCGACGAUUGGAAGCACAGCGGAAUGACUAUAACUCGAGAGUGCGCCUCCUCCGCGAGGAACUCGGCCUCCUUCAACAGCCCGGCUCCUACGUCGGUGAGGUGGUGAAAGUGAUGAGUACGAAGAAGGUUCUCGUGAAAGUGCACCCCGAAGGAAAAUACGUCGUUGAUAUUGCCGAUGGCGUCGACAUCUCGAAGCUCACCGUGGGCAAGCGUGUGGCCCUGCUGUCCGACUCCUACAAGCUGGAAAAGAUGCUGCCAUCGUCUGUCGAUCCGCUAGUGUCGCUCAUGAUGGUGGAGAAGGUUCCGGAUAGCACAUACGACAUGAUCGGAGGUCUGGACCAGCAGAUCAAGGAAAUCAAGGAAGUCAUCGAGCUGGGUCUGAAGCAUCCGGAACUGUUUGAAUCCCUCGGUAUCGCACAGCCGAAAGGUGUCCUUCUUUACGGUCCCCCGGGAACCGGCAAAACCCUCCUGGCUCGAGCGGUGGCCCAUCAUACAGACUGUCGGUUUAUCCGAGUGAGUGGUUCGGAACUGGUGCAGAAGUAUAUCGGUGAGGGUAGCCGCAUGGUGCGUGAGCUGUUCGUCAUGGCCCGUGAGCAUGCUCCCAGCAUUAUCUUCAUGGACGAGAUCGACAGCAUCGGUUCCAGUCGGAUAGACUCUGCGGGCGGUGGUGAUUCGGAAGUCCAGCGGACUAUGUUGGAGCUGCUGAACCAGCUGGAUGGGUUUGAGCCGACAAAGAACAUCAAAAUUAUCAUGGCCACUAACCGACUUGACAUCCUGGACCCGGCUCUUCUGCGUCCUGGACGAAUCGACCGAAAGAUUGAGUUCCCCCCGCCGUCGGUCGAAGCUCGUGCGGAUAUUCUACGGAUCCACUCGCGUUCGAUGAACCUCACUCGAGGCAUCAACCUUACGAAGAUCGCCGAGAAGAUGAACGGAUGCUCUGGAGCCGAAUUGAAGGGAGUGUGUACCGAGGCCGGCAUGUAUGCCCUUCGGGAGCGUCGGGUGCAUGUUACGCAAGAGGACUUUGACUUGGCCACCGCCAAGAUCCUCAACAAGCAUGAUGACAAGGAGGUGGCUGUCUCCAAGUUGUUCAAGUAG